CAUUUUUUCCCCUUGUGUGCGCAGUACACGAACUGUUCUACGCUUUUUGAAAACUCGCGAAACCAACAGCAUUCUUGGAUCCACAAAAAAAUCGGUCAUUUGCAUCGCAACCGAGGAGAGGGGGGACGAACCAACUAGCAUUCGCAUAAAAAGUAACGCCUGGUUCAAACCACAUCACACGUCCAGAAACACACAACCAAGCAAUGGUCCGUUUUCUGCCAAUCUUUGGUGGACUCUGGGCCGCGAUUGCGGCCUAUCUGAGACGCCGAAGCCUGUGCUUUGGCCUGACCAAUCUCGGUACCAUCAAGGUCAACUUCAAUCCCGCAUUUCUCUCCUUUGACGAAUUCCAGAGCGGCGGCGACRCCCUCGUGAUCACGAGCUUCUUCACCGUCAAGUUUGGUUUCGAAGGGGGGCCUCCCCGUCCCAUUCCACUCGCUCCCGAUCUCGUUGCCAAGAUUUCCGUCGAYGAAAACACGAGCUUCGAUCCCGAGGCCGUCAACKCCGUCGAGAUCCUCACCGAUCAAAUACCCAGCUCGCCACCCGGCCCUCCCAAGACUGUGUGGCCGAAUCAGGCCCUCGUCGCCCCCGGGGAAGUUUUUCCCUUUGAGGCCCUCGUGGUGGCACAGGGCUUUCUGGCCACCCCCUUUCCCGGUCGGCUUUCGGCUAUUGACCUUGCCAACGGCGAGGAGUACAUUAUCGACCAGAGCAUCGGGCUGGGCCCACAGAGCCGGGCCUACCACAACUCUGUCUUUUAUGACAUGGACGGCGAUGGGCUCCUCGACAUUGUCACGGUGCGAACGGGAGAGCGCGUCUUUCCCCCGCCCAAGCCGCCCACCGCGGGAGAGCUGGUCUGGUUCAAGAAUCCCGGAGCGGGACUCCAGAAGGACGUCGAAUGGGAGGAGGGCGUCCUCGUGGACGGCCUCGGCCCCGACAUUGAAAUCACGRACUACGAUCUGGACGGCGACGGCGUGCCGGAAUUCAUCGCCACACACUUUUUCACCGGCGACAAGAUCACCGUGUACGGCGUGRRCGACCWGAUGGCGGCCGACGGCGGAAGCAGCGAAACGCCGGACUGGCCGASUGUCGUGAGCGGCAAGGCCACCAUUCGUUCCGUGGACGUGUCGACGGACCAGGGCAAGCCCUUUGGCGUCAAGAUUGUCGAUCUGGACGACGACGGCCGCGUGGACAUUUUGGCCACCAACCACCAGUCGGACAAUUGUGCCUUUCCCACGGACAUUCCCGGGAGGGUCUACGCCAUCACMCCCCCUUCCGACGCUCAAGAUCUCUACGAUGCCUCCAAGUGGACCACGCGAGUCCUGUUGGACGGCAUCUAUCCCCAGCCCUCGCCGCCGGGAUCUCGAGCCAGCCGCCUAGCUCCCGGAAAGGCCCUCUCCUUUUACCCAUCCAAGRAGGAAGAACUCCAAAARGGACGGCCGUGGGUUGUCGUGGGAGGUGACGAGGCCGGAAAGGUAUGGGUCUUCCGUCCCAAGAAAUAUUCCAAGUGGGGCUACGACAUCAACAUUAUCUUUGACAUUAACGAUUUCUACGGACAGGGAACGACCCAGGCGAACCUCCCCGACAAGCCGCUCAUCACCGUCAGCACCAUUGGUUCCGUGGCAACGCGAUACGAUCGAACGGACGAGGACGGCAUGACCGAGAUUUACAUUCCCGUCUUUGAGGCACAGGACAUUCACGUGUUCAGUUUCCGAGAUUUCGGUAGAAACGGGCCGGGCACCGGCGUGAAGUGCCUCCGGGACGCCCAGAUUGCCUGUCCUCCACCCGGAGGUCCACCGGGAGGCGGUGGCCCACCCGGCGGUGGAGGUCCUCCCGGAGGCGGUGGCCCACUCGGCGGUGGAGGUCCUCCUCCGGGCGUCACAUCCUGCCCCGGAAAAUAUGACUGCGACUCGUGGGACAUYCCAUUGGAGGAAGUAGGUGCCGAAGAUUUGGAGUGAAAUCAACGGAACUAGAAACAAAAUAGACCAACCAAGGCCGUCUUGACUGGACGCAUACAUCUAUUACUAUCUUAAUAUUACUCUAGCUAGUGUGACAAGAUUCCUUUUUUGCUCUCCAUAUUGCUUUAUCUUUCGUUUCCAAAACAUCACCGUCGAUGCUCACGCCUCGUUGCGUUUGUAGUUUGAUUUUUAUGCAUUGAAUAUCUCCAAAAACCUCUCUGCCGAUUAUCUCGCCGAUCUAAUUUGCCAGCCUUCCGAAAAGAAUCUACCCCUGGUGUCGACGCCCACCAUCAGGUUUGGUUUUGACGGCUUGUUUGGAGAGGGAAUGAAGUUAACGGCGCGAGGUGCGSGUACAAGGAUUUGUGCACAARGUCAAGAUUCUCAAGCUGUCCAACAWUAAGCUGGAAACCUGUCGGAACAGCGGGCUGGAAAAGUGCUACGCCCUUCGCGAGGUGUGGCUGGAMUCGAACCACAUCCAGGACGUCUCCGAGGUGCUUGCCGGACCUCCAGUGCCUCGCCCUGCAACGGAAUCCCUUCUCGACCCGAAAGRCAUCGACGGCCUUGUUUGCAAAGGUUAAUUCAUCAACACAACAGCCGCUGUCUUCAAGGAACCACAGCGGGUCCAAUGAUCGCGAGUUCUUCCAAACCACCAAUCCAUUCUACGAUCCGUCCUGGAAGAUUCGGCUGUGGACGUGGUUCCAGCACGAACGACGGGCCCUGACGCCGCUGGAAUUGCCCGUCCUGAACAAAAAGACGAGACACAUGGGAUCCCACCACAGUGGUUGCGAUGCUGCCACGAUUGGGAGAAUGACCAGGGAAGAAUGGGAUCGAAUCCAGGAGGAAUCCUACUCGGUAGCUACAACCGCAACUGUUACCACCGCUUCGUCGCAAAGUGCCUCGUCCGUCGCUCAAACUGCCGAGGAAGGUAGUGGCAAAGAGGGGGGCCCGCUCCCGGCGAAUCUUAACCGCGGCAAUUCCGCUCCACACCACCGGCGCCAAAAAGAGGAGCACCAUCGCCACUCCCCCCCUGGAAUGGGACUCCCGCGGAGAAGGAGCUUGCCAUUCCGGCCAGACCCAUGCAAAAGGGGAAGGCAAGAAAAAGACAACAGCAGGGGGGCAUCGGGAUGUGGCCUGGAUAAAAGUCGAAACGUUGUUCGGAGGAGGUUGCUGGUGACUCCGUUAGUGGUGGUGGCGAACCCGAGGAUAAAUGCCAAUCCAUUGAUAGGUGGAGAUCACAGUAAACUCAACAGCCAUAUCAGGCAGCUCCAUCAGCAAGUGCUUAGCGGCUUUUGCGGCCUCGGUUUUUGCGGUUUCGAUUUUCUCGGCUUUGGUUUCAGCGCUUUCGGCUCCAACUUCAACGGCUUCAUCUUCAACGGUGUUCAUUCCUGCAAGAUUUUCAAAGACAUCCAGAGAGACUAGCGAACGGAAAACGCGAUUAUCAUCAUUAGGAACCAACACAACGAUGGAUUAACAGCCCACGUCGUCGUGACGUGCUUCGUGGCACUUACUGUCUUUGUCAUAAAGACGGUGCGUCUCGAGGCGAUUUAUCUUCGACUUUCGUUUGGAUCCGUCCAAUAAGAUAUCAGAGAAUCA